CACCCUGAGGUGAGAAGCAAAAGGGAGCGUUCAAAAGCAGGGACAGUGAAAUGACAUACGACAUAGACCACAGUGACUGCAGCACAGAAAACUUCACACACACAAACUGGGGUGGAGAGAGGCUGCCUGGGAGAGGUCCGAGUGAGGACUGACCGGCCCGGGACGCUCUGGGUCACACUGGGACUCCUCUGGGACAGCGAUCAGAGUCUCCAGACAUGGCUGAAACCCCGCUCUCCCCACUGAACCUCAGCAGUCAGGCGAACAAGAGAGCAUCCUGCUCACGCCUGCAGCUCCAGACAGAGGGAAGGAACCUGGUAUGCAACACGCUGGGCCGGGGACAUGCCUAUUCCUGAUGAGACGAAGACUUAUGCAGUGCCUCCCUUCAUCCUGGCCGAAAAUGAUCGCACACACUCUCAAGGUGCAGUCGCUGAUCCAUUCCAAUCACACAAGCUGAGCUGAGAGGUCGCCCUUGAGCCCGACUCUCACAGGACCGUGGCGAGGCCCGGAGGAGGUUUGAACCCAGGUCAGUGGACCCCAAGAUUGUCUCACACAACAUUGAGGGGGUAGCCCCUGAGCCCGGCCUUGGACAUGAGUCCAUCGUGGCUGGGCGGUCCGGGAUGGGGCCGGGCCUGGGGGAAGCUAUGCUAGGGUGAGGAAAGCUCUAGAGGCUGGGUUUGGGGUUGGGGCUAGAGCUCUGAUUGCAGGCAGGGAGUGGGGGCCCACGGUGGGCUGGGGGAAGGAACCCCAACCCUGAGGUCCCCUCAGAGGCACGGCAUCCUGGAGCUGGUGGGGAUGAGUGGUCACAUCAACAAUACAACCCAGCAUAGACUGCAGGAGAUGCCGGGGACAGGCUGCCUUCCAUUCUCCCAGGGCGGUGUAGUGACCGCGUCCCCUCAGUUACUGGCCAAAUAGCCAAGACUGUAUGGCCUGGGAGGUGCAUUCAAGGGAGCUCCUCACCCCGACUGCGGAGGAGUUUUGGAUUCCUCUGUAUGGAUUUGAUACUUUGAGUACAAGUUUUGCUUGAAAAUUCAUAAUGAACGCAUUUUUCUAUAAUAUGCUUAAGUUUGGGUGGAAGAGGUGCUGAGGAUCAAAUCCAGGGCAAGCAUCUGCCACGGAGCUACGCCCUCAGUCCUGGAGAAAAGGUUGUAAAUUAGUAAAUUUAGUGAUGUCAAGAGAGACAGAGACAGAGGUGGAGGAGGGAGGCUCUGUACAGAACGAGCCAGCAAAUGGAUGUAGGAGGAAAGACAGAAUCAGAAUUUGCUGCUUCACAGUUCCCAAAAUGAAAUUUCAUUAGGCUAAGAUUUGACAGGGGUGGUGUUUCAGUGUCUGUUGCUGAAAACGUAACGGCUGAAACAGCAUCGUGAUUCUUGACCAGCGCUCUGCCUGUGCGAGGGCUCGAUGACUUCCCUGUGUCUCUGCCUCCCUGUUUUGGUUGAGACGGUGACUCUGGCUGGAGGCUCCAGGAUGACUUCUGGCACCUCUUGAUGGGACUGGGGCCUCUGGGGGUGGGAGGCCCCUCGUCCCCCAGUCCCAUCUGCACGUGGUCUCCUAUGCUUUUCCCCACGUGGCUGGUGGGCUUCUGUAUGAGACAGGUCAUAACUUCCAAAAGAGUGAAAGCAGUUACAGCCGCUUAAGAGCUGGGAUAGGAGUGGACACAUGUCGCUCCUGCCUCCUUCUGUUGGUCAGUGCAAGCCACAGAGCCAGGCCACUCUGGGACGUGGGAAAUGAAAGUGGACCCAGAUUCGACAUCAGAAGUAGCCUCUGUGACAAACUCAAGGGACAGAUUCUUGGCCGUCAUCUCUGCAAUUUAUUCGUUGGAACCUACCCUCUGGUUACAAAAAUUCAAAUCCUCACAUGUACAUAAUAUGCUCAUUCCCUCCCAACUCCUCUUUUGCCACUACUAUAUGGGCCUGAAGUUUGGAAUCUUGUGGUCUGCCUAACAUCUGGAUGGGGGUGAGGGUCCUCAGAUACUUUCUUUCUCCGGAGAUCUGAGAGCCAAAGACGAAACCGUGAAGACACACAUCACACAACAACACACUAACAAUCAAAAUACAACCCCAGCUUACACCUACUGCCACCUGGCACGUACCACCUAGCAACACAAACUUCACCAUCUGGUGCCCUAAGCUAUGGGGAAAUAGUAACCGUGGCAAGUUUUUAGUUGGAUGGCCUCUGCUACAUGCUAAAGAGUGCUAAAGAGAUGAAGGGAGAAAGUCCUCCUUGCCGAAGUUAAGACAGGUGUGAUGUUGAGAGGGCCUCUGAUAUGGAAUGAAUCUUGAGUUGCUGGAAAAUUCUUGUCUUGGAACCUGGCAUCCAAGGUGAUGGUGCUGGGAGGUAAGAGAACACAGGUAGCCUUAGGACACAGAAAGAAGCAGGGUGGCAAGGUGUAUGAAGGUGAGUGCUCGGAGGUGGUGAACUAAACUGAUCUUGAGACAUAAAAUAGUGCCCGCACCACCGGAAGUUCUAGGGUUGGGGCACCCCAGGAAGGGGAAGGGCAAUGAGGGUGGGCUCCCAGGGCAAGGAGAGCUUGGACUCUGGGGAACAGGUGGACAGUGUGAGGCUGAGGAGCUGGGUCCCUCCCGGAGCAGCAAGGUUCGGGAGGGAGGGAGGAACAGCUGGCCAGAGAGUUGAGCCAUGGGCAGCUGGAGGACAGGGCGGAGAGGGAGGGUGAAGAAAGCCAAGAUCUCCCUUCCUGGCUGGCACAGGCACUUGUCCCCAAGCCUGCAAGUGACUGGUGCAUCUCCCCGGGGCAGGCUGGUCAGCAAACAGCACCCUUGUGUGCACAGCUGGAUGGUGCUGCCUGUCUUUUCAUCUCCGGGUGAAACUAAAUUUUGAUUAAUCAGAUCCCAACAAUAACAGCAUUUCACCUCUCAGGUGUAUGUGUAAUUGGCUGCAACAGGGGGGCGGGAGGGCUGUGGUCAUUGCCAAGUGCUCACAGGCCACCAGAAACUAGGAAUUUAAAGGCCAUCCCAUGAGGGACCGCGGCAGCCCUUCCACACGCCUCAGCUCAGCCGGACACUGCCCUAGCUGUGAGCUGCCUAACAGUCUGGAGAUGAAGACCUUGACUUGGACCAUCCUGCUGCUCAGUCUGCUGGCUUCCCUGCAGGCCCAGGAUGCUGAACCAGAGAGGAAAAACAUGGAAGGGAUCUGGUACCUGAAGGCCAUGGUAGCCAAUAAGAAGAUGCCAGAGAACAUGCAACCCAAGAAGUCAUACCCCGUGACGCUGACAGCUCUGGAGAAUGGAGACUAUGAAGUCCAGCUUUCCUUCUUCUAUAAGGAUAAAUGUGAAGAGAAGACAGUUGAGAUGCACAGAACCAAGAAUCCUAAAAAAUUCAAAACCACACAAAACAUGAUCAUAUCUGUAGAGGAGAUGUCCGUGAAAGACCACAUCAUCUUCUAUGUUCAACACCAGAUGUUUGGCAUGCCUGUACGCUUCGCACAGCUCCUGGCGAGGACCCCGGAGGAAAACCCAGAGGCCCUGCGGGAAUUUAAGAAGUUCAUGAAGCACAAGAAACUCCCUCUGGAGCACAUGGUCAUCCCCCAGCAAAGCGACAAAUGUGUCUCCUAGUGUGACUUGGCUGCCAACCAGGUCUGCAUGGGCUGAGCCCCUGCUGCUGCCAAGACAGGGCUGCAUACGAUGGACUGCCACUCCCGCCACAGCCCCCCACC